AACUAAAUUCAAGAGGCAGUGGAAUGGCUACUCCAAGCCGAAAUGUAGAGGUUAGGUUGAAUAUUGUACGAAAAUAACAAUAAAUUAUUGCUAAAUAACACGCACAAACAAAACAAACUAGUGAUUAAACAAUUUACAGUAACUUUUUACAUCCUGUUAUUGGAUAAUUUCAAGUGCCGCUGAUUAUUUAAUGGCAAGUCGUUGGAAACUUGUAAGAAAUCUUCAGCAAUACGCAAUCGUUCUCAGCUGCUGUCGAAUUGCAAAUUCAUCACAAGCUUCCAACAAAUUCGCAAAUACUUCCCAAUAUAGAAUUACAGGCAUUAACCAUUCCAAACCAUUUUGUCGAAACGUGACUCGUGAGAUGGCAGACCUCUUGAGCCAAGUGGCGGACGUCGACAUAGACGCCAACGGCACGUUCAAGUAUAUCUUGAUCCGGGUCUACGGGCCUGACACCACCGACAACUCAGACCCCCCGUCCAAGCUCAUAGUGCGCGGAUACCAGCGCGCAUCCUACCAUGUUGAUAUCUACGAAGAGGUGCAGGCGAAACAGCUGAAGCAGCUGGGCCUGGAGUGUGAGUGCGAGGGUGGCGGCCGCAUCAAGCACGACAGAGACGAGAAGAGGUUGCUGGUCUAUGGCUACUCACAGGGCUUUGGCCGCGCCAACCAUCAGCUGGCCGUUGACCUUCUCAAGGUCAACUUUCCCGGCUACGAGGUCACCUGGACCAACGACGGUUACUGAUCAGCUGAUACUAGACUCAUCGCGACCAUUCUCAUGCCACAUAGAUAAUCUUAAGAUAAAUCUCAAAGAACCAAUUAAAUUAUAUUAUAAUUUACUUAUUAUUUAUUAAAAUUUAUUUUAUAAAUCAUUGUAAUUGAUAACUUCUGUCUUAAGGAGCUGAAGUGAGGUCCACGUUAAAAACUGAUUAACAUUGGUGUUGCUAUCCUUGUCCGUCAUAAGACAGAGCAGAUAUAUCUAUUAUCUGUCCUUUUCUAGCUCCAUAGCCAGAUUGUUUUCAACAAUGUAAAAAUAUUAUUACUUAUUACUAGACUCAUCGCGACCACUCUCAUGCCAGAUAGAUAACGUUGAGCUAAAUCUCAUAAAAACAAUUAAAUUAUAUUAUAAUUUACUUAUUAUGUAUUACUUAUUCGUUAUAUUACUUAUUAUUGAUUACAUAUUUUAAAUGUGUAAUUUCAAUUAUAAAGAUUUAUUAUAUAAUUGAAAUAUAUAUCUUCUAGUCAAAUAAAGUAUAAUUUAUCUUCAUUUUUGAACUAUUUGACGACACUACAGUCUAAUUUUUUCAUUUAAUACGUUCAUAACGUGGGCCUUAAUGUAGUAGAAAAGUGGGCGUCGUGAGUCAUCAAACAGCUUAUAGAUAUUUGACCUGUCUAUAAAUCUUGGUUAAUAGCAUCAAUGUUAGUCGCUGGUUAACUACUUUAUAUGUUUAUUUGAUAUUUUAUUCAAUGAAAAUGUGAGACUGGAGAAUUUAUUUCUUCAUCAGUAAGUUACUGCAAGCAGCAAUAUUUACUAUUUUUUUUAAUUAGUUACGUUUAUAACGUGGACCUCACUGUAGAAAAGGGGGUGUCGUGACGUCAUCACAUAAACUAAGAUCAGCUAAUAAAUUUGAUCUCUUGUCUAUAAAUCUUGGUUAAUAACACCACGUUCAAGUGCUGGUUAACUAUUAUGUUUAUUUGAUAAUUUAUUCAAUGAAAGUGUGGGACUGGAGAAUUUAUUUGUUCACCAGUAAGUUACUGCAAGCAGCAAUUUACUAUAAGCUUAUUCUACAAGAUAAUUCCACGAAACUGUAGAACCCACUAUCACCAGCGAGUGAGGAGGAGUCACAAACUACAGGAACAGCUGACUUCAAGAUGUGUUUACAGUAGCCAAGCACAGGACGGCAUUUAAUUGAUUAAGUAGUGCAUGUCUAGUGUAUGUGCACCUUACAGUCAGCUUUUUGUAUUGAAGGACUUUUCACUUGCUGGUAACGGUAAGAUUGUGACUAUUUCAUUUUACUGUCAAUGACGCUUUCUAGGUCUUCCCAAUAAAUAAAUAAAUAAUGCAAGCCUUGACAAAUGAAUGAAUGGUGAUGGCUUCACUUCAAAAUGACUUAAGGAAUUUAUCAAAUGAUUCAGACAAAAUUUUGAAUUAAAUCCUUGCUACUGAUUUAAUGUAAAGAAAGCUUGAGAUUGGAAGGUCAACCAACCAGGUUUACCACUGAAACCUGUAAAUUAAAAACAUGACUGAUCAGGUAUCCUAUAGCAGGCAUAUUAGGUCCAGAUUAACUUUAAGGCUGUGCAAAACCAUUUUGGGAACAUUUUACUGGUGGCACUUCAAUUUUUUUUUCAUUUGUAUGGUAACAAGUUAUCAAAAUGAAAUGAAUUUCUGAAAAAAAAUUUUUUGUCCAUCAGUUUAUGAGAUAUGGGUACCUAAAGUUGAAAUUGUUGUGCCAGAACACGUUCAAAUCGGUAGCAGAUAGAAUCAAGUAAUUUUGACAGUGCAUGUUUUAAUGUAUUGUUCAUGAUAUAAAAUACUAAAUUCCCCAAAACAUCAAUUUUGUAAAAAAUUGUUUUUCCAAACCAAUUUUUUAUGGAGUGACCAAAUUUGCAGAAAAAUUUAUUAAUACCUUAUUUAAAUUUUUUAAAUCUCUUCUACUUAUUGAGAAAAUAAGGUAACUUGAAAAAUGGUACUUGAACUAAAUUUCAAGGGCCAAUUUGGCCAUUUGAUCCGUCGGGAAUCAGACUCUACCACCAAAGAGAAUACAGGUAUAUUAAGUAUAUAAACACCAGACUAUAUAUUAGCACGAUGGAAUGCAGUCUUCUAAUGUUGCCAGUUCUACAUGUCCGAAAAGAGUGAGAGCACCCACUAACUCAUCAUUCUCUCUUUUUCUUUUACCCAGUUUUGACAAGAAUAGGUCUUUUCCCCAAGGGGAAGUAUUGAUAAAUGCAGAGCUCAUUCAAAAAAGUUCUUUUCUUUCUUCAUAUCAAAGUUUGAACUACCCCAGAUGGAGAGAAAUAGGGAAAUAGUCAGUCUUUCAUGAAAGAACUCACCCCUAAUGAAAACUCUAUUCACAGUUACAGGCUUCCGUAACUAAUUGAUUGUUGUAGGUUUAGGGGCUGGCCUGAAAAUGUUCCUAGCCCUGCUGAAACGUUUCGAGAGCUAGACACUUAAACUGUGUAGAUCCACUUUUAAUUGUCAGCAUUACUUAUGAAUAACAUCAAUGCUUCCCAUCCAGUCAAUGCUGACCGUGUCAGGUACUCUAUAGUGUGGAUCACUUUCAACAGUCAGCAUUCCUUAUGAAUUACAUCAAUGUUUCACCUUGAACUAAUGCUGACAGUGUCUCACUGUAAGGCAGCUUGGUUGUGUGUCAGCCUACCUUGUGAAUAACAUGGAAGCUCGUCACGUUCAACUAAUGCUGACAUUUUAGAGUGAAUCUCACAAUAGAGCAGAUUGGUUGAGUGUCAGCAUACAUCGUGAAUGAUAUCAAAGUUGUUCCCGUUCAAUUAAUGCUGACAUUUUAAGAUGAAUGCCACCAUAGAGUAGCUCCGUUGUGUGUCAAAAUACUUAUAAAUAGCAUCAAUGCUGUUCUCUUUCAACUAAUGCUGACAGUUUUAAGUGAAUCUCACUACAGAGCAGUAGCAAUUAUCGGUAGCAAGACAAUUUGGACUUCUACAGCCGCCCGUGAGAGGGAAGUAAGAGAGAAAUUCAUUGUUUAUUCUCCAAAACCAAUCGAGUACAAUCACAAGAAUGUUUGUUUGAAAAUGAAUAACAGAGAGAGGGUGUGAUAGAGUGAGAAGGUGUGAGAGUGAGUGGGUGGAGAGAAAGAUAGAAUGAGGAUCAGAGGGAUAGAGAGACAGUCUUAGAGAACGCACAAGGGAUGGUGACAGAGACAGACAGAGAGGGAGUGAGAAAGGGUAUGAUUGGCAUAUUGCUAUCUUGUUUGCUUAUUCUCAUUCCAGGAAAACUUUGCGAAUAACAAAAAAUCUAGUAUAAGAAUGUUUGAGAGAGAAAAAUACAGUAUUUAUACUAACUUGAAAAAUUACCAAAGGAGAUAGAGUAGAUAGAGGUUAUCAAUUCGAAACAAAAGGAUCCUCCUUGAUUCGAGACGUAGUACACAACAUAAUUUUAUCCAAUAAGACAUGAUUUAUCAAAUAUGAAUGAUCUCUUUCUGCAAUAAUUAUCAAAAAUUAGUUCAGAAGUUGCAAUUAGUCUACAUGAUUCUUCAAGUUUUACAUCAAUUUUUAUGUAAUAAUUUGAAACACUGACCGUAAUCAUGACGAUUACUACAAAAAUUGAAUUGCUUGGAAAAUAGAAAACUAUCACUAUAGUGAUGAUUAUGAUGAGAAUUAUGAAAGAUUAUAUUGUCGUUGGGCUGUGGUCCUUUCUGAAUGUUCCAAGUCUUGCUAUUUGGGGAACGGGCGAAAAUCGCAUGAAUUCAAUCUAAGUGCUGAGUUGAGUGAGUAUUGAUAUUUCUUGUCUCUUGGAUAUAAAUAAAUCCAAUGAUCAUAUUUUCAUUGUUAUUAUCCAUGUGAUUUGAAAUUAUAACUACAAUUUCUUUCUCAUGUAUUUCUAUUAUCCUCCAAAAGAAUGAAGAAGUCAAUAAUUUACAAACUAAUGGGGAGAUGCAUUGUCAUCAAGUUCUAACCUAUUCUGAAAAUUUCAAGUCUCUAAACUUAGGUAGUCAGGAAGUGGUCAAAAAUUGUUUUUCAUAAGUUGUAUGUUACAAGACUGACAGACAGACAAGAACGAAAGUGAGUUGAUAGAAACGCUGUGAAGAAACCUUCUCCUCUCAUAUGUGAGUUAUAGGAUAGAUAAUCAAUCUAGUCUGGAGUUUAGAGUGGUCCUUCAGUAGAAUUCUAACAAUGCCUCUGCAUCCGAGGGAUGAGCAAAAAAUGGAACGGUUUGGCAACAUGGUAAACAUAACGGGUGGCCGUUGUUUUCACCAGUCUACACCAGGGAACUCCACAGGAGGUCUCACAAACUGGACUCAAGACACUAAUUUUUGACUCUGGGUCUUGCCAGAGUCAAAACAUCCGAAUCAUUAUCUAUUGAGCCUCACCUUAAGCAAGAAUAGCUUAAAUUGAAAUUGAAAACAGAGUCAUUCAUUGAGAAUUGUUAUACAGUAUUAAGGACUAAAGAAACGGGUUAUUAACUUAUAUAGCAUAACUACAGCAGAUUCAAUAUUGUGUAAAACAAUGUCACAAAAAUAAUAUAUUGUAAAAUUUCCUACUCCCAUCAGCAUUAAUAUUGACAAAAUAAACACCAAUUCUAAAUAA